AUGCUGGAGAUGGAUGGAGCUGCACGCAGACGAUAUGCCUUCAACGUGGGCUUCCCAUGGGGGGGAAGAUCCGCCCCGGACAAGGAUUUUUUUCUUCUUCUGCUUCUUCUUCUUCUUCGUCUCGCCGCUGUGCCUAAGUUAAAAGAGAGGGAAGUCCGGAGAGACAGGAAGGGAAAAAGCAACGAAGAAGUCAACAAUAGGAAGAAGAAGAAGAAGAAGCCUGCAAAAGAGCCAGAGAGGGACCCCCUGUUCUGGGGAUGCUGGAGAGUCGAUAAGGGGAAGAAGCAAAGAGAGGGUAUGACAGAGCACGCGAGAAGGCAAAACCUGAAGAAGCAGACGAAGACGAAGACGCAGACCUUGCCUGGACCUGCAUGGACCAAGAGACAGAGACAAGAGACAUAG